GCGGUAAUGCUGUGUCAGUUGUGAUCAUAAUUAUUGAAGUCAUUAAUUGUGUAUUUCAAAAACGCAAAUGAAGAAGAAGAAGAUUUUUUUUAGAUGCUACAAGUAAUAAUGGUCUUGCAAUGUUGUCAAUAAUUUGAAUAAAGGGUUGCUUAUGUAGGUUAAAGGAGAUCGAACUAUCUGACCCUCACGGAAUUUGAUAUUUGAAAAAAAAGAUAAAUUCCUACUGUCUGUACUUUCAAAAUCAACUGUGUCAAAUCCAAAAAGCAUUAAGCGAGAAAACCAACAUAGAUAUUAUAAAAUUUCUUAUUAAUGAUGUUCCAAUAAUUAAUAGCCAAAAUUGAUAAAAAAAAAUUAAAAAAUUCAAAGUCUUGUCUAAGAGAAAACUGAAAUAUCAAACUCAAGAGCCAUGUUCUAAAUUAAAACGAAAAGAAUAAACCACAGUGAUCCAAUCAGAGAAGAAGCUGUUAAUAUAAAAGUAAUAUAAACAUGGAAUAUUGUGGCAGACGCAAUCGCAGAGGUAGACCGCGGUCUCGGACAUCAAAUCAACAAAUGCCUACGCAUUUAGUGCAAAGACCACCACAAUGCAGCGUUUUCAACAGCUUUUGCAGCUUCCUUUUGCUAACAAGUCUGAUUGCGAUUAUUUAUAUAAUGCUCGAUUACCAUUGUAAGAUUUGCAGUAAGAAAUGCGACGUUGAUAGCAUUACUAAAAGCAUCAAUGACAUUGGGCUCAAUAUUUCAAGAUUAAAAGAUUCCUAUACCGAUUUGGAAAAAUCAAUUCAGAAAUUUUCUGAAGAUAUUCCAAAAAUUGAGGGUCAAAUAGAAAUCUUGGAAACAUUAGCUAACACUAUGGAAAAAGGCGACUUUGUAUGGAAUCCUAAAACUGAUUUACCCCUUCCUAACGUAGGUGUGAUUCUCAAAGAGCCCCGCCUAAAAUUUUCUGGGAAACCAGGUGUUAAAGCAAAUAUAACAGAAAAACAAUUUAAGGCUCCAGUUUGUUGACUAUAUCAAAAUGCUUCAAAAAAUUUGGCUUCUAUCAGAGAUGCAUGUUUUGGAGUUUUUUGAUACAAUAUCGUGACUUAUUUACCUCACAUCGUAAUAAUGUAGAACUUUUUGAGAAACUUGACACAAAAUAAUACAUAAACAAUAAAUGAACUAGA